AUACGGCCACUGGCCACGUGGCUUCUUCCUCACCACUUACUUACUUCCUCCUAAUCCCCCAAAAUCUCCUAAUUCAAACCAGUUCAGACCAAAGUCAUCUCUUCAAAACUCCUGCUCGACAUUGGGAUUAGGUUAAUUAAAAUUAAAAUUAGCUCCUCCAUAUCGGUGGAGCGCAGCUUUGCUCCGUGGUUUUGUAAUCCGUCACGCAUCCGCUUUCCACUGAGCAACUCUCUUCUUUCCGUUUUCGCGAUAUUGAUGGAGAAUAACCAGGUGAGAGAUGCUUAUCUGGAAGGAGCACGUAUGGGUUUCGACAACCGUUUUUUAGACAAAUUUAAGGACCCCGGGUCUACACUCUUCAAUGUCUUUAAUUAUGAUUUAUCGAUGAUGAAGAUACGACAAAACUCCCAUGACAUUUCUCCCUCUCCCGCUGUAGAGGGUGUCCAAAUUUGCAAUGAUGAUUUGAACAAAACUUCAGCUUCACUACCCCAAUGUCAUAAUGUUUAUGAAGUAACAGACCUGCAUUUGAAGAAAAGGAAAGCUCCUGCGGAGCUCAUUUCUUCAAAAAACAAAACUCCUGUUUUAUUUGAUGUUUUUAAUUACGGAACUUCGAUGAUGAAGCCUUAUGGAUGUUCAGAAGUCGCAAAUCGACCUUCUCUCAGCUCCAUAUCUGUUUUGUCGGAGAAAGAGAAUAUUAGUCCUCAGCAUCAAAAUCAAGCGAUGUCUCGGAAGGAAGAUGUUUUUGACACGCCAUUUUCGAAAAGGGAACCUAAAGCUUUUCUUAAGCGUAAACCUUUGUCGGUUUUGAAUGGUCAUCCAUUAAAUCCAUUAAAUGAGACAUUGGGAAAAAAUAUAUCGAUUCAGCAGCAAGCUUUGUAUACUGCAAACAAAGGUAAACCGGCUGAGGUGAAGAAGACUUAUCAUAGUCCACAGUUAAAAGAAUCACGUACCUUGGAUGGUUGCAAGCGGAAGUUUAUCGCACCUUCGGCGUCUAAUAAUAUAGGUGUUAGAAAUACUAGACUGAAGACCUUAAUUUCUGAAAGCUUUGCUGAGAAAACACCAAAAUCUACUUUGUGUUCUGUUUUUUCUUCACCCCCUGGAUCAUCAACCACUGUCGAGAAGGAUUGUAAGAAGAAGAAGUCUUUUGAAAGCAUUCCUCAAGCUUUGAAUUUUGACAUGGGAAAGGAUACUACACAUAAUGAUCAUUGUCUGGAGGAUGCUGAGUUCUCGCGAGUGAAUGUCAACGUGGAUCAUUCUUCAGAUUUGUAUGAACAUGAUGAGUUUCUUAAUGAUGAAGAUCCCUGGUGCAAAGAAAGAAUGGCAAAUAAAGCUAAAGUUCCUUCUGAUUAUGCGAGCCUGGGUCCACCUAAUGUCAAGUGUACUAAAUGUGAUGCAAUAAUGUGGAAGGAGGAACGUACGAACAAAAAUGUGACAAAGGGAAUGCCACUGUUUUCAUUAUGUUGUGCUAAUGGUGAAAUACGGCUUCCAAAGGAAAAGCCUACUCCUUCAUACCUGUGGCAGUUGUAUAAUGACAAGAAGAUUGGUCCAAAAUUUAAAGACGGUAUACGAAUAUAUAACGCAUUGUUCUCUUUCACUUCGACUGGUGGUAGGAUGGACCACUCGAUAAAUUGUGGUGGAGCUCCAUACAUAUACAGAUUGAACGGACAGAACCAUCAUCUCUUUGGUUCCCUUAUUCCUAAUGAUGGUGAUGACCCCAAGUUUUGCCAGUUAUAUAUUUACGACACCAGCAAUGAAGUCUCCAAUAGAAUGAAAUGGAUUAAUGUGAGGGAUGGUCGUGAAGUUGAUGCUGCCAUUGUUGAUGGAUUAAUGAAAAUGCUUGAUGAAACCAAUGAGUUGGUAAAGCAAUUCAGAUCACAUCGUGAUAGAUUUGAGCAGGAUAAAGUUUCUGAUUUUGAAAUCACGCUGAAAAUAUCUAGAGCUGAAAGUGGGAGGGAGAACCAUGUAAUGCCUGCAGAUGAUGUUGCUGGAAUCAUGGCCGGUGACCAAGAUAAUAAUUCUCAGUAUCGGGACAUUGUUAUUCAUUCCAAAAAAGAGGGUCUGGAAAGGAUAAGUGACAUUCAUCCAAAGAUUAUGGCGCUUCAAUAUCCCCUUUUAUUUCCCCACGGUGAUGAUGGUUUUCACAUACAUUUGGCAUAUGGUACAGGAGAAAAUAAGAAAAAAAGGAAAAGGGUUCUAAUUACGCAGAAGGAGUACUACGCGUAUAAGCUUCAGGUGCGCAUGAACCAAGGCAUGACUCCGCAUUUAGGCGGCCGUUUAUUUCAGCAGUAUAUAGUGGAUGCCUUCUCUACCAUUGAACAGGCUCGAUUAUGGUAUAUACGUACUCAUCAGACCACUCUGCGGUCUGACCUUUAUUCACAGCUCUGUGAUUCUUUACGUAGUGGCAAUACAGAUGCAUCCCGUGUUGGGAAAGGUAUCAUACUUCCAGCUGGUUUCGUUGGUUCGAGAAGGUAUAUGCAGCAGAACUUUCAGGAUGCCCUUGCUGUUUGUCGCUACAUCGGACAUCCAGACAUUUUCUUGACAAUGACAACCAAUCCUCUUUGGGACGAGAUAAAUGAGAUGAUGAAGUUGCUGCCCCAUUGUCUUCCUCAGAAUUCACCCGAUAUUAUUGCCCGAGUUUUUAAAUUAAAACUCGACCAAUUAGUUGAUGAGAUAAAGAACAAAGAGUUUUUUGGCAAAUGUAUCGGAGUGAUGUAUGUAGUUGAGUUUCAAAAACGAGGACUCCCUCAUGUCCAUAUGUUAAUAUGGUUAAGUUCUGAUUCGAAGAAAUACCUUCAAGCAAAUGUAGACAAGUUUGUAUGUGCAGAGGUUCCUGAUCCCAUUGCAGAUCCAGCCGGUUUUGCUGCUGUCCAGUCAUUCAUGAUUCAUGGUCCCUGUGGAUCUGAAAAUCCAAAAUCACCAUGCAUGAAAGACUACAAGUGUAUAAGACACUAUCCCAAAAAAUAUGCCGCCACCACAACAUUUGAUGAAUCUGGAUUUCCAAUUUAUAGACGUCGGAAGAAAGAUUUUACCAAGGCUACAGCUGGAAAAGAACAUCAUUUGGACAAUAAGUGGGUUGUUCCGUAUAACCGCGACUUACUUGUAAUGACCCGGAUUUUUAGAAAAUAUUUUUAUUAGUAUUAAAAGUGAUUUUUCUUUAAAGAAGGGAAUAAGAUUUAAUAUUUUAUUCCAGUUUAAUGAGUUUUCAAAGUUUUAUAUUUAAAACCCCGGGUUAUUGUGUUAUUGAUAAAUGAUUAUAUUUUUAAAACUGAUUUUCAUAUAUUGUUUUGAAAAUUCUGUAUGAAUAUUAUGUGAAUAUAUGUGGGAUGUGACUAAGUGUUACUUGUGGUAUUGCUCGUUUAAUUAUUUAUGGUGAUUUAUGAUUAUUAUGUGAUUAUUAUAUAUUUUUUUGUGAAUUUUGUGUUAUCUAGUUUAUUGAGCUGAAUGCUCGUAUGUGUUUAUAUUCGCGAGAUUUCAAUUUCUUUAUGCUCAGGAGAAAAUAUAGUUUAUUUGGAUAUUUUUAUAUCGAUUUAUGGAAUGUUAGAUGAUUUUAUAAUCGGUUUACGGAUUUAAUGGCGUAUAUUUAUAUGUAUUUAUUAAUUAUUUGACUUCCGUAAAACCGUUCACUCGUAACGAGGUAGCAAAUUUUCUUCCCGGAAGUUUCAACAAAACUGACCUUUAGCCUAAUUUGAAUAUUUCGGACACUUUUCGUGUUUUGACUUUUUCGAUCCGGAGUACGGUUUUCCCCGGAGUCGGUCCGGCGGAGUUUUUCGGGUAUUUUAAUUGUUGAUAAUUAUCCAGUUUGUCUCGAUAAGCGUGAAACUAGAUAUUUUGAUUAUUAUAUUAAUUCUUAUCUUGUAAUAAUUGCAAAUGGGACCCGCAUACUAAUGACUGAUUAAAAAGCCCCGUUUUGAUGAUUAUCUCGAAAACCAGUACCGAUUGGACCCUGCUUUAUUAAUAUAAAGCUAUUAAAUACGUAUUUUCAUGUCAUAAACGAUCCAAAGGGGUACCAAUUAUUUGUAAAUAUAAAUAGACUUUUCUAUAGCUGAUUUUCAACCGUAAAUCAUUUCACCAGUUUCUUUUCACGAAUACCGAGAGAAACCGAGCGGUGUUCUUCGUGUUCUUCAUAAUCAAACGAAGAUUUGAAGGCAUUAUUGGAGUCAGAAUCAAGCGUGCGAAUAGUCAAAUCGAAGAUAUCGAAGAGUAGAACUCUAAUCAAUCAUCAAAAACAACCUGAGAUUCACAGGAUUUGGACGAGACGUGUAUGCUCGAAGACGUCAGAAAGUCGGAAUGGUAUUGCAAAGCGAAUAAGGGAUGAAUCGAGUAAGCGAAGCGAUGUGGCGAAUAGAGUAUAGCUAGAGAUGAUCUAGAGAUUACGAGAUGCAUAGAUUGUGAAAGUGGAAAGAUGAGGUUGAGCUAUGAGACUGGAGUCAGGUUUAAG